AUGGCAGCGUUCCAGGCCGCCGAUCUUCACACGGAUUUCCUGAAUGACUCGUUCCCUGGCACAGUCGAGGCUGACCGCGACGUCGGAGCUUUCCCAGGGGACUGGUUCCUGACAAGACACAGUGUGCGCCGGAAGGAUUCCCCGGUACUGCAGGGUCUUCGUUUCAACAGGCGGAAAAUCCCCGAGUCACGUCCAAACCUAUGCUCCAAAUCGUUCAGACUCGAGUCCUAG